GCCGCCAUUUUGUUUUGAAGAGAGGAGACGGAGACAGAGAGAGAGAGAGAGAGAGAAGCGAGCGAUAGACAGACAGACAGAUAGAUAGAUCGAGAGUGGGGGGGAGACAGAGAAAAGAGGACGAGUGGGGUAAAAGAGAGAGAGAAAAAAGCUCUUCGUUCGGGCUUGUGCGGAUUUAAGGGAGAGGUGAAGGAGAGGGUUGAAGAAAAGAACAGGAAAAGAAAAAAAGAGAAGGGCGAGGAAUAUAUCAGCAAUACGAAUUCAACAGCAGGGAAGAAGGGGAAAAGUAGUUAAAAAAACUCAUUUUUAUGCCGAGUCCGUUAUUUAAAAGAAUUUUUAAAACCAGAAACAUUUUUUUAAAAAGACGGUUCCUCACCAUUUCCCCCCCUUGUGAAGAACGGGAGGCUUUCUCUUGAGAAGGAUAGAGAAGGUGGAUGAAUCGUUCUGGCUUUAUUGGAUAGAAAGGGGGGGGAGUGGGUUUUAAAAAAAAAUUUCCCCCCCGUCUCGUUUUUUAAAAAAAGAUGUAUCUAUAGCUGAGGUGUCGGGAAUGUGGAAGGAAAGACCGUUUCUGAAGUGAUUGGGGAUGUGGUUUUCGUCGGCGAAGCCAUCGUAACUUUAAAUCUUUCGUUUUCUUUUUCCUUCUUUUAGAUUUUUUUCCACACAAACCCUCCCCCCUCCUCCCCUCUUCCGUUUUCAUUUUUUUGGUGUUGGAGGGGGGCUGGUUCUAAUUGCCCAUGGACGAUCGACCUAAAAAACCUGGGCCUGGCAUUAGGCCUUAGGCUGUGAGACUUGAGAAAGAUAGGGGGAAAAUUAAUUAUUUUCUGUUACCGUGCGGGAGGAGGGAUUUAAGCCUUCGAUUAAUCCGUAGCUUUUGCGGUUUCGUUUUAACAAAAAACCUGAAAAGUUAUAAGGUAUAAUUUUAAAUUCGGAAAGAAAUGGCAGAGAAUCUCUUGGACGGACCGCCUUCAGCUAAGCGGCCUAAAAUCUCGUCCCCGGCUUUAUCGGCCAGCGAUGGCACAGAUUUUGGAUCCCUAUUCGAUCUUGAGAAUGAUUUGCCAGAUGAAUUGAUUCGUUCAGAUCCACUAGGACUGACCAAUGGUGGUGACCUGGCUCAGCUUACUGGGGUUGGAACGGUGCAGGAUGCAGCCUCAAAGCAUAAACAAUUAUCGGAGCUUCUAAGAGGCAGUGGUUCCAGUAUCAAUAUGGGACAUGGACCAGUCAGCUCUGGUGGUGCCUCAUCACGCUCCAUGGAUAGUCCAGUGCAGUCAGUAGGCAGCCAAAGUCAGCAGAACAGUCCUAGUAUAGGAAGCCUUGGUAGUAUGGUAAAGAGCCCCCUAACUCAAGGUGGUCUUACAUCCCCUCCUAACUUGGGAAUGGGUGCAAGUGGAGCAAACCAGAGACCUCCAACACCGCAAUCUGUGAACCCACAAAAACACGAUCAGCUUCAUACGUCAGCAACUGGUCUGAUGCCUGGAGUAAACAGCCCAACCAACCAGGCUGGGAUGAGCAUCAACACCAAUAUGAAUCCAGCCCUGAUGAGCAGUGGUAAUGCACAGGGCAUGAUACAGGGCCAAGUAAUUAAUGGUUCUCUUGGUGCUGGCAGAGGCAGGCCUAAUGUACAGUACUCAAGCCCAGGAAUGUCCAACACAAACAAUCUGCUUGCAGAUACGUUAUCUCAAGGAUCACCUCAGAUGCCAGCUGGCCUCAAAGGACCCCAACCUGGAGCAAUGAGCAAGAUGGGAAUGAUGGGCACCCCUAAUCCUUAUGGCCAGCCAUACGGACAAAGCCCUGGUCAGACACUGGGUACCAGUGGACUUGGGCAGCAGAUGCAAAGCAAAGGUGGCCUAGGGAACAGUCUGCCGCAGUUUGCAUUGGACAAGAAGUCUUCUGGUGGUGCUGGAUUGCAAAAUUUGCCGCAGCAGGCAUCUUCAGUGCAGCAAGGAGGAAUAGGGCAGCCCCCAGCACAGGGAAUGGGUUCUGCACCCACAGCAGAUCCAGAAAAACGAAAACUCAUCCAACAACAACUGGUUCUGCUCUUACAUGCGCACAAAUGCCAGCGUCGGGAGCAAGCCAAUGGUGAGGUGCGACCCUGUAACUUGCCACACUGCCGAACAAUGAAGAAUGUUCUGAAUCAUAUGACCCACUGUCAAGCUGGCAAAUCCUGUCAGGUUGCACACUGUGCUUCAUCACGUCAGAUCAUCUCCCAUUGGAAGAACUGCACAAGGCAUGACUGUCCUGUCUGUCUCCCUCUGAAAAAUGCUGGGGACAAACGUAACCAGCAACCAUUGCUAGCUGGAGCAGCUGUAGGAUUAGGAAAUUCGUUAGGGUCGGUAGGAGUUGGACAGCAGAACACGCCAAGUUUAAACACUACCAGUCAGAUUGAUCCAAGCUCUAUAGAGAGAGCCUAUGCAGCACUUGGACUCACGUAUCAGGGUAACCAGAUGCAGCCUCAACCUCAGGUGCAGAACCAGCAAUCGUCUCAGGCUUCACAGGGGCACCAAUCUCUGCGGCCUAUGAAUGCUAUGGGUUCCAGCCAAAUGGGUGUGAAUGGAAGUAAUGUUGGUGUGCAAGCCCCUAACCAGCAGUCCAACUUGCUGCAUGAUGCUGUGCUAUUGCCAUCUAUGACCUCACCUAACCCAAUGCUAAGUGAUGGCACAAAUGUUAGUAAUCUAAAUACGGUGCCAACAGCAACACCCCCCUCCAGUACAGGCAUUCGGAAAUCAUGGCACGAAGAUGUCACUCAGGACCUACGCAAUCACCUUGUUCAUAAACUAGUUCAAGCCAUUUUCCCAACACCUGACCCGGCCGCAUUAAAAGAUAGGCGAAUGGAAAACCUGGUAGCUUAUGCACGGAAGGUGGAAGGAGACAUGUAUGAGUCUGCCAACAGCAGGGCAAAAUAUUACCAUCUGCUGGCUGAGAAAAUCUACAAGAUUCAGAAGGAACUGGAAGAAAAGCGACGCACCAGGCUUCAGAAACAGGGUGUAAUGCCAAACCAAAGUGGAAUGCUACCAACAGGAGCAGCCCAAUCCCCAGGCAUGGCUCAAUUGCAAGCUGGACUCCCCCCAAAUGGCCCGCUUUCUGACCCGACCAUUAUGCGGCCAAAUGUACCAAGCCAGAUCAUGAACCGGAUGCAGACUCCAAGUGGAAUGAACCAAUAUUCACAGAUGAGCAGCAUGCAGAUGGCAGGCCUAGGACAACGUUUAAACCCUCCACUGCCACAUCCUGGGCAGAUGACACAAACAGGACCUAUGAACCAGUUGGGAUUAGCCGCUUCCCGAAUGGCACAGCCAAUGGCUGCGCAGCAUCCUGCUCAGAAUCAGUUUCUGUCUCCAAAUCAAUUUCCUGUGUCUUCUCCUGGAAUGAACACAGGCAGCACCACAAUGACACAGGCCAGCAACCAGCCAGACAUGUCUCCGGCACAGAACUCCUCACUACCUGUAAACAGCUCUGCUUCCUUGCAGACAGGAGCCCAGAACACACAGUUCAACUGCCCACCACCUCUUUCUCAGCCUUCGCUUCAUCAAAACUCCCCAUCGCCUGGCCCAAGAAGCCUCACACCUACCCCUCACCAGACACCACCUAGCAUUCCUCCUCAACAACGGCAACAGACACCAUCACCUAACUCGCAGCCCCAGACAAUGCCACCCCCUCCUUCUCAAGUUCAGACACCACCGCAAAUGCAGCAGCUUCCUCCUCCUCCUCCAGUCCCUCCACAGCCCCAGGUGACAGCUGGACAGAAACAGCAGCAGCGAGAGCGGGAUCAGCCACAGCCGCCGGCGCUAACCCCAUCAGCACAGCAGCAAAAUGCAACCCCUACAACCCCUACUCCUACUGCACCAAUACAGUCUCAACAUCCCACUACUCCACUUUCACAAUCUGCAGUAAGUGCAGAUGGCCGCGUGUCAACCCCAGCAUCAGUUAGCAGUACAGACACAAAUUCUCAGCAGCCACCCCCUGAGGCACCAGUGUCUGACAUUAAGAUGGAGGAAAAACAAGAGGAGGAAGAAGUUGAGCCAGAAACCGUGGAACCAAAGCAAGAAAUAAGACAGGAGAUAAAAGAAGAACCUGCAGCAGAAGAGUGUAAACAGGAGCCAAUGGAGGCAGAUGAGAAGAAAUCAGAGGUGAAAGGUGAAACAAAAGAUGAAGAUGAUAAUGCAAGCUUAGCAACACAGUCAUCCCCUGCCAGUGGACAGUCACGCAAGAAGAUUUUCAAGCCAGAAGAGUUGAGGCAGGCACUAAUGCCGACACUGGAAGCACUUUAUCGUCAGGACCCCGAGUCACUUCCUUUCCGGCAACCUGUGGAUCCUCAGCAACUGGGUAUUCCUGACUAUUUCGACAUUGUAAAGACACCGAUGGACUUGUCUACAAUCAAGCGCAAGCUGGAUACUGGCCAGUAUCAGGAGCCAUGGCAGUAUGUUGAUGACAUUUGGUUGAUGUUCAACAAUGCCUGGCUGUACAACCGCAAGACAUCACGUGUGUAUAAGUACUGUACAAAGCUGGCAGAGGUCUUUGAGCUGGAGAUUGACCCUGUCAUGCAAAAUCUGGGAUAUUGCUGUGGUAGAAAGCUGGAAUUUUCACCGCAGACCCUCUGUUGCUAUGGAAAACAGUUGUGUACAAUCCCUCGGGAUGCUACCUAUUACAGUUAUCAAAACAGGUAUCACUUCUGUGAGAAAUGUUUUAAUGAGAUCCAGGGAGAAACUGUCUCUCUCGGUGAUGACCCAACGCAGCCUCAAACGACAAUUUCUAAGGAACAGUUCUCAAAGAAGAAGAAUGAUACACUGGACCCUGAAAUAUUCGUUGAAUGUACUGAAUGUGGUCGGAAAAUGCAUCAAAUUUGUGUCCUUCACCACGAGCUUAUUUGGCCCUCAGGUUUUGUUUGUGAUCCCUGUUUAAAGAAAACUGGGAAAACAAGAAAAGAAAAUAAAUUCUGUGCAAAAAGGUUACCAACCACUAAACUAGGUGUUUACCUGGAAACCCGUAUCAAUGACUUCCUCCGCAGACAGAAUCAUCCGGAGGCUGGCGAGUGCACAGUUCGGGUGGUGCAUAGUUCAGAUAAAACUGUGGAAGUCAAGCCAGGAAUGAAGGCUCGGUUUGUUGAUAAUGGGGAGAUGGCAGAGUCAUUUCCUUAUCGAACAAAGGCUUUGUUUGCCUUCGAAGAAAUUGAUGGUGUGGACGUAUGUUUCUUCGGCAUGCACGUGCAGGAGUACGGUUCAGAUUGUCCUCCACCCAAUCAGAGACGUGUGUACAUAUCAUACCUCGACAGUGUACAUUUCUUCCGCCCUCGAUGUCUGAGAACAGCUGUCUAUCAUGAAAUCCUGAUUGGGUAUUUAGAAUACGUAAGGAAAUUGGGAUACACAGCAGGGCACAUUUGGGCCUGUCCACCAAGUGAAGGUGAUGAUUACAUUUUUCACUGCCACCCACUCGACCAGAAAAUCCCUAAGCCCAAAAGGCUGCAAGAAUGGUACAAGAAGAUGUUGGACAAGGCAGUGGCUGAGCGAAUAAUUCAUGAUUAUAAGGAUAUAUUUAAACAGGCAACAGAGGAUAGGUUGACUAGUGCAAAGGAAUUGCCGUAUUUUGAAGGUGAUUUCUGGCCAAAUGUGUUGGAGGAAAGUAUCAAGGAGCUGGAGCAGGAGGAAGAGGAGCGUAAGAGGGAGGAAAACAACACAUCCAGUGAGAGCACUGAUGUAAGUAAGUUUAGUUCUGUUAAUUCCUAUCACAAGAUAAAUUCUGAAGAAAUUGUUAUAUUAAGAUUUGUAUUUGACAAUCAUGGUGAAAUCCCAAGAGGAGGAAAGAUUUAAAAUGAUAUUUUACUUGGUUUUAACUUUAAUUGUUUUAUCUUUUCAAUUUCACAGGUGUUUUUUGUGAUCCGUCUGAUCGCAGGUCCCAACUCUAACUCUUUGCCAACAAUCUUGGAUCCAGACCCACUCAUUGCAUGUGACCUGAUGGAUGGGCGUGAUGCUUUUCUCACACUGGCAAGAGACAAACACAUGGAGUUCUCUUCAUUAAGAAGAGCCAAGUGGUCAACCAUGUGUAUGUUGGUGGAACUUCACAAUCAGGGCCAGGAUCGCUUUGUAUAUACAUGUAAUGAGUGCAAACACCAUGUGGAGACCAGGUGGCACUGCACAGUUUGUGAGGAUUACGACCUCUGUGUCAACUGCUUUAACACUAAGGGGCAUGAGCACAAGAUGGAGAAACUGGGCCUGGGUUUGGAUGAUGAGAGUAAUGCACAAGGGUCAGAAGCCAGCACUGGGGAUUCAAGGCGUCUCAGCAUCCAGCGCUGCAUUCAGUCACUGGUCCAUGCCUGCCAAUGUCGCAAUGCCAACUGUUCUUUGCCUUCCUGCCAGAAGAUGAAGAGGGUAGUCCAGCACACCAAGGGAUGCAAACGCAAGACCAAUGGUGGCUGCCCAAUCUGCAAGCAGCUUAUUGCACUCUGUUGCUACCAUGCUAAGCACUGCCAAGAAACCAAGUGCCCUGUGCCGUUCUGUCUCAAUAUCAAGCACAAGCUUCGUCAGCAGCAGUUACAGCACCGUCUGCAGCAAGCCCAGAUGCUACGCAGGAGGAUGGCCACGAUGCAGCGUGGAGGUGUAGGACAGCAAAGUUUGCCUUCUCCAAGUGGCACUGCGCCCACUACACCAACGGGGCAACAACCAAGUACCCCACAGACUCCUCAGCCCCAACCCCCAGCUCAACCGCAGCCACAGCCACAGCCCCAGCCCCAGCCACCACCACCAACCAACAUGCCUUCCUACAGCAAUAUGGCAAGAAGUCAACCACAAGCUCCUCUACCGCAAGGCAAGCCAGCUGGACCGGUGGUAUCUGCUGCCCAAGUUGCACCUCCUACUCAACAACCACCACCAGCUGCUGUGGAAAUGGCCAUGCAGAUCCAAAGAGCAGCUGAUGCCCAGCGACUGAUGGCACAGCAGCAAUCUUUUCAAAGGCCCGGAGUAAUGAAUCCUCAUGUAGCACCCAUGAAUCAAAUGGCUGGAAUGAACAUGAAUCCACAGCAAUCGCAGAGAGGCCCCACUCAUACAGAUCAGGGAAUGGGGCCAGCUAAUAUGCAACAGACACAGUGGGGACAAGUUGGAAUGGCCCAGACUCAGCAACAUCCACAGGGAAUGCAGCGACCAGUCAUGCAGAUGAACCAACAAGCACUGCAAAUUAACAUGCAGCCCCAGCCGCCACCACCCAUGUGCCCAGUUGCAUCAGGCGUGCCUCAACCUAACAGAGGUACCAUUCCCCAAGGGGCCCUGCAAGAUUUACUGCGGACGCUGAGGUCUCCAAGCUCCCCCAUGCAGCAGCAGCAAGUACUCGCUAUCCUCCGCUCUAACCCCCAGCUCAUGGCAGCUUUCAUCAAGCAAAGGGCAGCUCGGUAUCAAGGAGGCCAAGGUCAGCCAAGUAUGCAGGGUCAGCCUGGAAUGCAACCACAGCCAGGAAUGCAGUCUCAGCCAGGCCUUCAAGGGCAGCAGGGCAUGCAUGGCAACCCAGGUAUGCAGAACAUGAGCCCCAUGCAGCCUGGUGCUCAACGGCCUAACAUGCCUCAGCAGCAGCAGCAGCAGCAGCAGCAAAGCAUGGGUGGGAUGAAUGCACAGGGACAGACCAUGAACAUGAAUCACCCCACUGUGAACUCCAACUUUAGGGAGCUUUUUAUGCGACGGCAGCUCAUGCAACAGAAACAGCAGCCACAGCAGUCAACCCCCAGCAUGAGUGCUGGAAUGGCUAACCAAUUUCAACAACCUCAAGGAUCUGGUUAUCCCAUGCAACAGCAGCAGCAACAGCAGAGGAUACAGCAUCAUAUUCCCAUGCAACAGGGAACCAUGGGACAAGUGGGACAACCGAUGGGACAGAUGAGCCAGCUUCCACAAGCGGGAAUGGGGGCAGAGGGCAGUUCUAGUCUCCAUCAGGCCCUCCAUCAGCGAAUCCUGCAGCAGCAGCAACAGCAGAUGGGUUCUCCUGCCCAGUCCAAUUCCAUGAGUCCACAGCAGCACAUGCUCCCUGGCCAGGCCCAGUCACCUCAUCUCCAGGGCCAGCACCCAUCCUCCCUCAGUAACCAGGUGCGGUCCCCACAGCCUGUGCCUUCCCCACGCCCGCAAUCCCAGCCACCUCAUUCCAGCCCGUCACCUAGGAUGCAGCCUCAACCAUCUCCGCAUCAUGUCUCACCACAGACUAAUUCGCCACAUCCAGGAAUGGUAGCCGCCCAGGGAAACCCCAUGGAUCAAGGACACUUUGCUGCUCCGGACCAGAGUGCAAUGCUUUCUCAACUUGCUAACCCUGGAAUGGCAGGCUUACAUGGUGCCGCCAGUGACCUUGGCUUGGGUUCUGACAACCCGGACUUAACAGGCACAAACAUUAAUCACAAUACACUAGACAUCUUGUAGCAUUUUGGGAGCAAAUUCUCAUUUUUCGUCUUUACUUAGGGUUUUUUGUACUGAAAAACAAUUUUGAAAUUUCUAGGGAGGACUAUUUUCCCAGAAUUCACUGAACUGCAACUUAUUGAGAAAAAAACUGAGGGAUGAUAUUAUACAAAGAAUAUAUUUUUUGUUAUGACUGGUGAAUAGCCAGUCCCUUUUUUUUUGUUUUCCUGUUCUGUUGUUUCAAUUGCAAAUAGCCCAUACCAACAUUUUUUAAGAGAAGGAGAGUUGAAUUCAUAUUUUUAUUUUCUAACUUCAGAAAAUCUUGUAAGCAUUUGUUCAUUAACACGAAGCAUUUCACAGAAGAGAAAAAAAACAGCCUGUGCUACAGUAUACAUCUGGUUAUUUUGACAGCAAAGGAUUACGAUACCUCCUUGUGUAUCCCUUCUUCCCUUAACUUUUUUCCACUUCAAUACAAGGGUUUGAACAGAAAUUUCAAAGUAUUAAUAAUUUGUACAGGUAGAAUGAGAGACUAUUGCACAAACUGGCAGCUGCCAAAAUGUCCUGCGGAUGUAGAAUAUUGUGGGGGGGGGGGGUUUCAGUUUAAUGGUGAACAUUUUACUUUUUAUUUUAUUUUUUGGUGCAACUAUCGAAGGAUCCUUUAAAGAGACUGUGUGGCUGAUUUUAUUGAACACAUCCCUUGGUUUUUCCUCUUUCAGACUUCUGUGUAAAACUUGAAAAAUGGGCAAACAGUAAAAAAGAAAAACCUAUCCAGAAACGUGUAAAUCAUGCAAUUUAUUGAUAAUUACUUAUAAAUAUGAACUUUGGAUCACUGUAUAGACUGCUACAAUUGAUUUUUUUCUUAUUUACCAUAUUGUUGAAUAAACUGUGUGCAACAGCGA